AUGUCGGAUGUUCGUUCGGUAAUCUUUGAUGUUUGUAAUAAGGAAGAUAGGAAGGUAGCAGGUCGAGUCGCUGUCAUGGUAGAAGCAUUGUGGAAGAAUAGGAAUGACAUGGUUUGGAAUAAUGAAAAGGAGGAGGCAUCCCGUCUUGGGUGGCUUGCUUUCCAUCAAUGGCAGGAAUUGCAUAAUGCCCAAAAUGUUCCGGUUAAUAACAAUCUUCAGCACCUUGAGGUAAUUUGGUCUCCUCUUGAGGGGGAUUGGGUUAAAUGCAAUGUCGACGCCGGUUUCAACUUGCACUUGGGAACGACAAAUAGAGGUUGGUGUGUGCGGGGAGCGGGUGGCAUUUUCAUUCACGCGGGUGUGGCUUGGGACAUUAAAAAUCUCUCUAUUCUCGAAGCUGAGGCUUUAGCUCUUAAAGAGGCUAUUCAGGAUUCUAUUGCUCUUCAUCUAGACCGAGUUAUUUUUGAAAGUGACUCUCUUAGCGUGGUUACGGCUUUGCAUUCUAAUCCUAGUGGAAGGUCCGAGUUUCAUCAUAUAAUUCGUUCUAUUAGUUUGCUUUUAUCUUCUUUUCACAACUUUGAGGUUAAGUUUGUUAAACGCCAAGCGAAUAUGGUUGCCCACUCUCUUGUUAAGGCGGCCAAUUCUUGGGCUAGGCGUAGCUCUAUGCAUUAUUGUCAAAAAAAAAACAUUGUAUGUGCAUAG